AUGGUUGAUUUGUUUUUUUUCUUCCAAUAUGGCCAGUACAAUAAGAGUCAGGAUUAUAUUGUGAAUCUUCCAGGAGACAUGUACAAGAAUCCUGAACUAGAUUUUUCCCCUUAUCAGAAGUAGGGAGAAGCAUCUUCUAUAUUUCCAGAAACGAGCAGUGUGGUAACUCUUCAAAGUGAUGAUUACAAAAACAUGGCAAAUGAAGAAUAUUUGUCUUUGAAAGUCCCAAGCCAAAUGGCCACACAGGACUCCUCAGUGACAUUCUGUAAAAAUGAGCCCCAGGAGCCUCAGAAAAGCAAAAGUCUAUCUGUAACUGAAGAAAGCACUGAGAGAAAAGUCUUACGGGGAGAAAGUCCUCCCAUGGACCAUUGUUCAGAGAACCUUCAAGUUAAACUUACAUCGAACGUAACAGAACUGGUCUCACCAUUGGUCAGUGGUGAGGCAAAAUGCCAAAAUGGCCAAUUGAAAGAGUCUUUGGAUCUCUUUGACUGUACCUGCAAAGACAUUUGUGGUUGGAAAUCACAAGUGGUCAGUCGUAGUCAUCGGAGAGCUCAUACAGAGGAGAAACCCUGUAACCAGUACAACCUUGGGAAGAGACGUAACAACAGCUCAGACAGUCAUUCAUGUGAGAAAAUCCACACUGCAGAGAAAUUACACAGAUGUAGUCAGUGUGGUAAGGACUUCAGUGAGCACUCAGAACUACUACUUCAUCAAAGACACCACACAGAAGAAAAGCCCUACAAAUGUGAGCAGUGUGGGAAAGGCUUCACAAGGAGCUCCAGUCUCCUCAUCCAUCGAGCAGUCCACACGGAUGAGAAACCCUAUAAGUGUGACAAGUGUGGGAAAGGCUUCACUCGGAGUUCGAGUCUGCUCAUUCAUCACGCAGUCCAUACAGGCGAGAAGCCUUAUAAAUGUGACAGGUGUGGAAAGGGCUUUAGUCAGAGCUCCAAACUGCAUAUCCACCAGCGAGUGCACACUGGCGAGAAGCCCUAUGAGUGUGGGGAGUGCGGUAUGAGUUUCAGUCAGCGCUCCAACCUGCAUAUCCACCAGCGAGUCCACACUGGGGAGAGGCCCUACAAGUGUGGGGAGUGUGGGAAGGGCUUCAGUCAGAGUUCGAACCUUCACAUUCACCGCUGCAUACACACAGGCGAGAAGCCUUUCCAGUGCUAUGAGUGUGGGAAGGGCUUCAGCCAGAGCUCUGAUCUCCGCAUCCAUCUCAGAGUCCACACUGGAGAGAAGCCCUAUCACUGUGGCAAGUGUGGGAAGGGAUUUAGCCAGAGCUCAAAACUCCUCAUCCAUCAGAGAGUGCAUACUGGAGAGAAGCCCUAUGAGUGCAGCAAGUGUGGGAAGGGCUUCAGCCAGAGCUCCAACCUCCACAUCCACCAGCGGGUUCAUAGGAAAGAUCCCAUUAAAUAAGGUCUUCAGUCAUAUGCUCAUACUGUAAAGACGUAAAUAUUUUUAACAUCAUUCUUUUAUAUUCUCAGGAGAGAGAUAGUAAAAGUUACUCAUUUAUGUUCCGUCACUGAAAACCAUUCAUUUAAAGUAUUUAAGUACCAAGCUCUUUGUUAUGCUAUACAAUAAAUUGACUUCUGGUUCCUCAUAUGGGUACAGUGAAAUGUCUGUACUUUGUAGUUCAGCCAGUGUUAUUAGAACUACAUGUCCUACCCAGCUUUUUUAAG